AGGGAAGACCCCCGCCCCCCCGCCCCCCCACCGCCCAUCUACACUGGCUGACUGGACACUAAGAUGGCUGCCGUUGCCAUGGCACCCAACCCUGUGCAGACCCUUCAGGAGGAGGCGGUGUGCGCCAUCUGCCUCGAUUACUUCACGGACCCCGUGUCCAUCGGCUGCGGGCACAACUUCUGCCGAGUGUGUGUAACCCAGCUGUGGGGAGGGGAGGAUGAGGAAGACAGGGACGAGUUAGACCGGGAGGAGGAUGAGGAGGACGGAGAGGAGGAGGAAGUGGAGGCAGUGGGGGCCGGUGGGGGGUGGGACACCCCCAUGCGGGAUGAAGACUAUGAGGGCGACAUGGAGGAGGAGGUCGAGGAGGAAGAGGAGGGUGUGUUUUGGACCAGUGGCAUGGGCGGGUCCAACUGGGACAACAUGGACUACGUGUGGGAGGAGGAGGACGAGGAGGAAGAUUUGGACUACUACUUGGGGGACAUGGAGGAGGACCUGAGAGGGGAGGAUGAGGAGGACGAGGAGGAAGUACUGGAGGAGGACGAGGAAGAGGAGCUAGACCCCGUCACCCCACUGCCCCCGCCUCCAGCCCCUCGGAGGUGCUUCACCUGCCCCCAGUGCCGAAAGAGCUUUCCCAGGCGGAGCUUCCGCCCCAACCUGCAGCUGGCCAACAUGGUCCAGGUGAUUCGGCAGAUGCACCCAACUCCUGGCCGAGGGAGCCGUGGGAGCGAGCAGGGCAUUUGUCCAAAACACCAGGAAGCCCUGAAGCUCUUCUGCGAGGUGGAUGAAGAGGCCAUCUGUGUGGUGUGCCGAGAAUCCAGGAGCCACAAACAGCACAGCGUGGUGCCAUUGGAGGAGGUGGUGCAGGAGUACAAGGCCAAACUGCAGGGGCAUGUGGAACCACUGAGGAAGCACCUAGAGGCUGUGCAGAAGAUGAAGGCCAAGGAGGAGAGGCGGGUGACAGAGCUGAAGGUGGUAUCCACCAUCCCCUUUGCAUCAUCCCAGAGCCAGAUGAAGUCAGAGUUGGCAGCUGUGGCCUCGGAGUUUGGACGGCUGACACGGUUUCUGGCUGAAGAACAGGCAGGGUUGGAGCGGCGCCUCCGGGAGAUGCAUGAAGCCCAGCUAGGGCGUGCAGGAGCAGCGGCCAGCCGCCUGGCGGAGCAGGCUGCCCAGCUGAGCCGCCUGCUGGCGGAGGCCCAGGAGCGGAGCCAGCAGGGGGGUCUACGGCUGCUCCAGGACAUCAAGGAGACUUUCAAUAGGUGUGAAGAGGUACAGCUGCAGCCCCCAGAGGUCUGGUCCCCUGACCCGUGUCAACCCCAUAGCCAUGACUUCUUGACAGAUGCCAUCGUGAGGAAAAUGAGCCGGAUGUUCUGUCAGGCUGCCCGAGUGGACCUGACGCUGGACCCUGACACGGCUCACCCAGCCCUGAUGCUGUCCCCUGACCGCCGGGGGGUUCGUCUGGCAGAGCGGCGGCAGGAGGUUGCUGACCAUUCCAAACGCUUCUCAGCCGACUGCUGUGUAUUAGGGGCCCAAGGCUUCCGUUCUGGCCGGCACUACUGGGAGGUAGAGGAGCCUAAAGAACCCUCCUGGCCUGCAGCUCGGCCUUCUCUCACCUGCAAUGUCUGUCCAACAGGUCUGCAUGGGUCCCUGAUGAGAACAGCUGCUUGGUUUUCCUUCCCUCUGUCCACCCAGGGGUCUGAGUUUUGAGUAGGGGAUGAAGGGAGAUUUAACUCCAUUACUUAACUUCCCUUUCCCUGCUCUUCAACCUUAGUGCCCAGGCUGGGGUACUUGGGCAAGAUUCAGGUCUGCCCCUAUUCCAAUUCCGUUUUCUGAUGCAAAUUUUAGCUGAGGGAUUUGGAAGCUUUUUUGGGGGAGGCAGGUUGGGCAAAAGGGUAGAGCUGGGUAAUAAAUGUCUACUCUAGGGGAAGUAGGAGGGAUUCAAAACUCCUUCCAUCCCCAAAUUCUACCUCCAUAGACUGGCCACAUUUUAGCUUGAGAUAUAGAUUGGUUGACAUGAUCGAAACUAGAUACCAUUGUAUCACCCAAUAAAUUAUUUUCUCCCCCUUCCUUUUUUCCAGCACUCAAACUAGGAAUAAAGCUCACCCCACCCAACUCCUUUAGGUCUUUUUCACUGCCAGGCUCCUUUCCCCUUUGUUCAGUGGAGUUCCUUGUGUCAGUUUUCAGCCUCAUGUCUUUAGUUCUCUCCAUUUGGUGAGCCCUGACCAGGAGCCUGGGGACAGGGGUUUGGAUCCCCAGAAGAGCCUUGGGUAUAAUAUAUUUUUCUAGUAACCCUUUGCCUUCUGUCACUUGUCAGCUUUUGUCCUCUACUUUGAUGGCAGAGGUCAAUUUAUGUUCCUGGGGAAAAGGGAAGAGGGGUUGUGUUGUGGAAAUAAAAAAGUUUAUUUGCUUCUU